AUUGAUUGCUUGUGAUGCCGGAUCCAGAUGCCAGCGCGGCCAUGCCUUUGCGGCUGGCGCGGCCUGAUCGGUCUGUUUGUGGGCGCUGCCAUAGUAUUCUUUGUCGUCAAUGUGAAAGUGCAACGAGAUGGCACCUCUGACGCGGGGACAGCUAUGCAGGCAGACUUCGCCGCCAACCUCAAGCCUGCGCCCCGCCUUGCGUGCCUGGCGCUGAUUUGCAACGUUGGCGCAAGCGAAGAAAUUCUAAUUCGGGCUCGGCACCUGAGCAAAAUGCAGCAUUAUGAAUUCCAGCGCCGGUAUCUGAUUUUUGAUACCAAAGGUCGCGCAGCUUCACUUCCAUCUCAAUCAGCUGCUGAUGCACUGAUCCAAGAAAAAGUUAUUGAUGCAUGGCGGACUGUGGACUAUUCUCAAUCCUACAAAGCUAGCGUGAACAAAACUGCUGAUUGGGAUAUGGGAAUUGGCACUCGCCAGUUUCAUGGCCAUGGUGUAUCUUUCGACGAUGCCCAAACUGACGAUUUUCAGCUGGCGUACUAUUUUGCAGUGGAUCAGUGUGAAGCUGCUUACAUUGUAGUCUUUGAGUUAGAUCAGAUUCUGUAUUCUGACGAGGAUGUUUCUUGGGUGGAGGAUGCGAUUCAAGUCCUCCGCAUGAAUGAAGGCCUGAUCCUGGUGAGUCCAUCUUUUCCGGGUGUUUCAACACGGAAGAUCCGGCAGCGGCCCACUACCAGGCCAAUCCCAAAGAGCUACUCGGAUGGGCUGCAUGGCCCAGCGACGGAGGAUACGACCUGCCAGCACCCCUUCACAUUACCAGGCCGGGCGGCCUUGCUGGACAUUCAGCGCUACAAACAAUUGCCCUCCCGCAACCAAGUCAAGGAACACCGCUGUGGCGGCCAACUUGUGCGAGGCAAGCCAUGCAAGUCGCUGCCGUUCGUUAGAUCCUGUGGUGGCAUGAGGACUUGGGAAGCAGCGCUGGAGUGUGUGAUUUGCAAUGGUGAGGGCUGGCGUCAGGGCCACCUGCGGGACUGGCAGCGCGCCUGGUCCCAGCACGCCCCCCUCACCAGCGUGAGGCAUGAUCUGGCAAAAUUGAAGUCAGAUAUAGCUGCCAUUGAGCAGGGCAGGCCGCCCGCGGUGAUGGGCCCGGAGUACAAGGGGCUAGCAGAGUUAGUCUGCAAAGAGGAGACCGAGGCCGAGGCCGUUUGCCUGGCCGUGAUUGCCAGGCACGAGCACAGCCGGGAGAUUUCGUCACGGGUCAAGCACAUUCUGAAGCACCAGCACUUCAACUUUGUGCGUACUUUGCUUGUCAUAGACUCUGGCGAUGAACUGCCUCCAACCUUUGUAGCUCGCGUGCAGAAGCUGGUCUCUAAGGGCUUUGUGGACGAUUGGCUGCAGGUGAACUACAGCCAGGAGUAUGUGCAGGAGGUGAACCGAACCGCCAACUUUGAUCCGGAAGAGCAUCCGCCAAUGGAAGGAUGGAAGGAGCGCCGGUCGUCUGUGGCAUACAGAGAGUUUAACGAGGACUACGAAGAGGAGGUGCAGUUGGCACACUAUUUUGCCAUUGACCAGUGCCAGGAAAGAUACCUGGUCAUGAUGGAUGUCGAGGUUUUAUGGAUGAGCCAGCCAAAGUUCUCCUGGGUAAGCGCAGGCCUUCAGCUGCUGCGGCGCAAUCCCGGGCUGGUGCUGGUCAUGCCUGCCUUCCCUGGGGUCCAGAGGCGGAACAUCCGACCUCGCCCCCGAACGAAGGUCAUCAGCAAGGCUUACACGGCGCUUGAGACGGAUGGUGUAAAGGCGCAAGAUACCACAUGCCAGCACCCGGUCAGUUUGGCAGGUUGGGUGAGCUUGAUUGAUCUUGAGCGCUACCAAAAGGUGGGCCCACGCCAAGCUGUGCGAGAACAUCGAUGCGGCGGUCAGCUGGUGAAGGGAAAGAGGUGCAAGAGCUUGACGGAUAUCCGAGGCUGUGGAGGUAUGCGGCAUUGGGAGUAUGCCUUGGAGUGCGUGAUCUGCAACCGGCCUGACCUGCGCCAGGCGCAGCUGAUGCAGCCAGAACUUGCCUGGGUUCAGAAGAUAUGGUGGACGCCAUGA